UCGUUUUGUUUAUAUUAAAUCCAGUUCAACUUCAUGCUGCUGGAGACAGUCAGUCUUUGUCAUGGGAUAAUUUUAUUUUCCUAAAGCAACUUCAAGGGCUUGAUUGAACAUUUGGACGGCAGAUCUGCUUCUUGACUUGAGGCUGUGAGAAAAGAGAAUAAAAUCUGACCUGAUCUCUUAUAGCUGUCAUGGGAGAGGACCUGGCGAGUCACUUUAAAAGAAAGUUCUAGCGGUCCUCACUGAAGCUCCAAGACAAACCACAAGAAUUCAGAGCAGCACUUGGAGUUUCUCUCUGAAUCACUGGAUACCAGACGAGCAUGAGGAACUCUUCUGUUUAUUUCCUGACCGGUAAAUACUUAAAACCCGGGGAAGCAUGAUGGAAAGGCUCAGUUUAUAGAUUCCAUAUGGUUUGUAAUAAUGCACGCGUGUAUUCUGUUUGUCAUCACAACAUGCACAAAAAUCUGGCCAAAUUACGUUACGUAAUUAGUACCUUACACGUUUGCUCCUCGAAAAUUACCUUUAGGGAAAAAAAGGAUCUCCUUUAAGUUAGCGUGGAAUUCACACAUUCACAUAUUGAGCUCAGCAAUCUUAUUUCCUUCUCUUUUUUAAACCCUAAUAGUCUACACGAAUACAUAAAUUAGAUGUGAGGCAGAGGGGAGGUAUAAACUCGUAUCUGACAGCAGAGCGGUUCAUUCACCUGGAGAACACAGAGCGCGAUCAGAGCAGCCUACGCACUUUGGGUUUGUCCCAUUGAAAGAGACGCGCUCAGUGCGCGCUCCCCCGAGGACGUCAUCCAGCGGCCCGUUCGUUAUAGAGGAGCGCACCCGAGCCUCUCAUCUGUCAAUCAAACAUGUGGUUCAUCAAUCUAACUUUGCUCGUUCUCAAGCUGUCUGUGUCUGCGGAGGGAUUCUCCACGUGCCAGUCCUACAAUUUGGACGACCACAAAUCUAAAAGGAUCGAGGCGGUGCGCGGACAGAUUUUGAGCAAGCUGCGCAUCCGGAGUCCUCCGGAUCCCGAGGCCAGCCCGCCAGCGGAGUCGGUACCAGUGGAGGUGAUGUUACUUUACAACAGCACGAAGGAGCUGCUGAAGGAGCGCGCGCGCCAGGCCGAGGCCGCGUGCGAGCGGGAGAGCAGCGAGGAGGACUAUUACGCUAAAGAGGUGCAGCGGAUCAAUAUGAUCCCACUGCGCACAGAUACAAACUCAAUCAACCCUGUUCCUCAGAGCCCGUACUUCAGGAUAGUGGGCUUUGACGUCACCAACGUUGAGCGAAAUUCCAGUACUUUGGUCAAAGCAGAAUUUCGCAUCUUCAGAGCGCCAAACCCACAGGCGCGCAACACAGAGCAGCGUGUGGAAAUAUACCAGAUUCUCAAAUCUGAUGACGUGACGGCACCGUCUCAGAGGUACAUCGACUCCAGAACAGUUGAGCCUCGAGCCAAGGGGGCGUGGCUUUCUGUUGAUGUCACAGAGACUGUGAAGGAGUGGAUGGCGUUCAGAGAGAGAAAUCUCGGACUCAAGAUCAGCGUUCACUGUCCCUGCUGUACAUUUGUCCCAUCCACGAAUAAUAUUGUCCCUAACAAGAGUGAAGAGUUGGAAGCCAGAUUUGCAGGCAUUGAUGAUGAUCUAAUAAAGCAUAACCGAAGACCUGGCAUGACUAAAGGACAGAUUGAAUUUAGCACAAAAACUCCUCAUUUGAUACUAACCCUGCUGCCCACCGACCGUCUGGAGAGUCCCACCAAGAAUAACCGCAAGAAGAGAGCAGCAGCAGACACAUCCAUAUGCUCACGGACUGAUCAGGGCUGCUGUCUGAGGUCUCUGUAUAUUGAUUUUCGUCGGGACUUGAACUGGAAGUGGAUCCAUGAACCAAAAGGGUACAAAGCAAAUUUCUGUGCAGGGAACUGUCCUUACCUAUGGAGCGCAGACAACCACUACAACAUGAUUCUCCCGCUGUAUAAUAAAAUGAAUCCAGAGGCAUCAGCAUCCCCGUGUUGUGUUCCUCAAGACCUGGAGCCCCUCCCCAUUGUUUAUUACCUAGGCCGAAACCCCCGUGUGGAACAGCUCUCCAACAUGGUGGUCCGGUCCUGCAAGUGCCGUUGAAGCAGUAGAGGCGAAGACAUAGAGAUCUCAGACGGAGGACAGGACACAGGUGCAAACUAACAUCUCAAUGGAAUGCAUCUUAAAGGGAUGCUCCUCCCAAAAAUGAAAAUUGUCAUAAUUUACAUACUCUCAUGUCGUUCCAAAUUUGUAUGCAUUUCUUUCUUCGGGCAAACAUCAAAGACAAUGUUCUGAAGAAUGCUGGGAACCAAACAUUGGACCUCCAAUGUGACACUGAGGCAUUUUUCAAAAUAUCUUCCUUUAUGGUCUACAGAAGAAAGAGGUGAAAUGUUAUUUUUGGGUGAACUACAGUUAAAAACUUGUGGGAUGUGGAAAAGCCUAUAAUCAUUCAUCAGCGAAAACCGUCAUUGGUAAUAGUCUAAUAAAUAAGCUUUUUUGUCUAAUAUUUCCUCGCAUUUUCAGUGACACACAAAAUACACACCAGCAGCGCAUCCUUUUUCGAUUUUGUACGAAGUUUACUGUAGAUCAGUUUAUAUUUUUGCAAAUGUAAAUAGUUUUUGGUGACGUUUAUAUGUGUUUAUUUGCUAAAUACAAUAAAUUUUGAUUAUAUAAUAUA